AUGGAACUGAUGCAUUUCGCGCUUCUGUCCAUACUUCUGGCCCUAGCGGCUGGUGCGCCCGUGGAGGCACCGUCGAUGGCAGAACGUCGUCUUACUUUCGACAGGCGCGGCAACUUUCAAAUCAGUGUAUUCGAGGACCUUCAUUUUGGCGAGAAUGCAUGGGACUCGUGGGGUCCGCAGCAGGACAUCAACUCGGUCAAGGUCCUAAACAAUGUCCUCGACAAGGAAACGCCCCAGCUUGUGGUCCUGAACGGAGACCUCAUCACUGGCGAAAAUGCCUUUGUCCACAACGGCUCCGUGUACAUCGACCAGAUUGUGAAGCCCAUCGUGGACCGUGGCCUGCUGUGGGCGUCCACCUACGGAAAUCACGAUAGUGAUUUUAACAUCUCCGCGGCCUCCAUCUGGGCGCGCGAGAACUCGUAUCCCAACUGCCGCACCGGGCGCAUGGUUCCAGGCCGUAAUGCCGGCGUGAGCAAUUACUAUCUUCCGGUGUACUCGCGCAGGUGCUGCAAGCCCGAGUGUGCUCCAGAGCUGCUCCUGUGGUUCUUUGACUCUCGCGGCGGCUUUUACUUUCAGGAGACGCACACCAACGGCAGCCGCGUCGGACAACCAGGCUGGGUCGACCAGAGUGUCGUCGACUGGUUCCAAAAAACGAAUACCGAACUGACGGCACAAUUCGGUCAUGUCAUCCCGUCGCUAGGCUUUGUGCAUAUUCCUCCCUAUGUGUUCCAGGCCAUCCAAAAGGAGCAUGGCAGAAGCAGCAUAGAUCCGUAUACCAACCCCGGCAUCAACGACGACUAUCUUCUCGCGCCGCAGGCACAGGGAUGGUGCCCCGACGGCACCAAUGAUGGCUCUUGCGCAUAUGGUGGCCAGGACGUCCCCUUUAUGCGCGCCAUUGCAUCGACGCCCGGCAUGAUUGGCCUCUUCUCAGGCCAUGACCACGGCGACACUUGGUGCUACAAGUGGGAUCGCCUGGUGCCCGACACGACAGUGACUGGAAACGGCGUCAAUCUGUGCUUCGGCCAGCACUCGGGCUACGGCGGAUACGGCAACUGGGUUCGGGGUGCACGACAGAUCCGCAUUAACCGCGCCCAGCUCAAGAAGAACAACUCCAUCGCGGAGACCUGGAUUCGUCUGGAGACUGGAUCGAUUGUCGGCUCCGUCAUGCUUAACUCUACAUUCAACCAGGACAAGUAUCCACCCACCCAAAACGACAAGACGUAUUGUCCGACGUGCAACUACACCGUUGUAACGCCGCAUCCGAGGGCGAGCCAUGCCAACAAGCUGCUACAGGAGCCUUCCCACGGCGAUUGGGAAGCCGACGGUGAAUUAUAG